AUGCUUCCUCUUUGGGACUAUGACCCUGCAGCCUUUAGGGCGGCUCCCACUCCCCUGACCUCGGUCCCAUCCAUGCUAAUACCUAAAAUAAUUGAGGGCUUCCCCUGUAAACCGCCACGCACUCUCCCCAAAAUCCCCCUCCUUGACCUCCUCAAGACAGACCCCAGAUACAUCCCCUUUCCCCCUAGCUUUAGCUUCAAUGACUUUCUGCGGGACCCUAAUGGCGGCUGUGGGGCUCAGUCACUAGAGGGCCUGAAGAAAGUGGCCCUGUCUCGCUGCAACUACAGGAAGCUGGUUGGGCUUUUCCUGAUGGAGCUGCACAAAGGGCAGCAGACUGAGGUGUCCAAGCAGCUGAUGUCCACUGAGAAAUUGCCAGAGGCCAAGACCAGGAUCCCACAGAAGCAAAUCAUAUGCGGAACGGAGGUGAUCCUGAACUCUGUGACUACCAAGCACUUCCAGGGCUCUCGGCGGACCCACUCCCCGUUCAGGCACUCUGGAGAGGCCAUCAACCCAUCUGAGCUGGCCAUACUGGACUGUCUGACAGAGGGGGGCAAGGCACUCACCCUGAAGGCCCACUUCAUUGCCCUGCUUCCUGAUCUGACUCCUCUGGCCCAGAGCCUGCUCUACCUCAACCUGUCCUUCAAUGACUUCACUAUCUUCCCAGUGGAGGUGUAUGAGCUCAUGCAGUUGGAGGUGCUGAAGAUGAGAGACAACCCCAUAGAGGAGAUACCCACCGGCAUCCACAGACUCACCAGGCUCAAAACCUUUGUCAUCUCCUUCUGCAAGAUCACCUCCCUGCCGUCAGAGCUGUACCAGCUGCCCACCCUGCAGUUUCUAGAUGUAUCCUACAACCUUCUCUCAUCCCUAUCAAAUGACAUCAGAAAACUCAGGACUCUGGAGUACCUGAAUGUGGAGGGGAACCAGCUGCCUGGCCUGCCCUGUGGGGCCCUGCGCCUCUCCCUCACCCAGCUCAGGAUCUCCAACAACUACAUGCACCCCUACUUUUGGAAGGGCUGCAGCUGGAACUCUCCCCAGGAUCUGCAACACUCAGCCACUAUGACCCUCUCUCUCACAGACACCUGUCUGCGCUACGCCAGCCUUCCCCCUGAGGCACAGUUGGCCCUUAGCAGGGUGGGUGUGUGUGACUGCUGUAGGGGUCCUAUGUACGGACCUGGACUCAAGGUGAUCCGGCCCUGCUACAAUAUCUUCGGACUACACAGGGUGCCCUUCAUCUUCUAUGCCUGCACCCCAGCAUGCCACUGGAACUUCAAGAACCAGACCAAGAGUCUCUCCAGUCUUCUGUAUGGAGAAGACACAACUCACAAUAGUGAACGACUAACAUGA